AUGAUCGAUGCCGUCGGACACGUAAACUCGGCUAUAGGUAUUGGCCAACAGUUGGCCAGUGCUGGACACAAAGUAUCGUUCCUUAUAACGAGUCAAUGGGCGCCAAUAAUAGAGUCGUACGGUUUUCAAGUAAUUCAAUAUAGUAUUAGAGCCAAUAAUAAUAAUAAUAAUGUGGAUGAAGAUCCCGGCAAAAUAUGGGCACAGGUAUGUAUAGAUGAAGGCUAUUUUACUGAUCGAUCACCACUUGAUAAGAUGAUAUCAGUGAAAACUAUGCGUAUGAAAGCCUGGUUUGAUGAUCUCAAGCUUAUGGAUCCAAUUAUCAAACGUAUCAUCAAUGAUGAUGAUGAUGACCAGCAGCGACCCGAUUGUAUAGUUUUGGAUCACUUUCAUACCGUACCGUCAGUAGUGGCGUCGGGCAUACCGUGGGUUUGGAUAUCCAGUGUUAGUCCAUUGUUUCUGUUCGACGACAAUAGAGUGCCGCCUCCCGGAUCAGGUUUAUCAUCAUUGAUAAGCGACAAAAGCGAGUGGUCAGCCUUCAGGACAGCCAUCAAUGACUCGACCAGUGAUCUGUGGCAUCAAUUUAAUAACUACUGUCUGGCUCAGGGUUGUAAUGAAUCGUUACCCGAAUAUCAGUAUUUCUAUCCGUCACCGUAUCUCAAUCUAUAUGUCUAUCCUCGGGAACUGAACUACCAGGAGUAUCGACCGUUACCUGAAAACUAUAGAGGUUUAGAUAAUUUUAUGAGACAUGAAUUGACAACCGUAGAUAAACAACAGUUUGAGAUACCGGAGCCAUUAAGUGAUAAACCGGGAAAAUUGAUAUAUUUUUCACUGGGAUCUAUGGGUGCAAUCAAUUUGGUAAUUAUGAAACGUUUGAUCAGUAUAUUAGCCAAAUCUGCGCAUAGAUUUAUUGUAGCAAAAGGCUUACUGCACCGUGAGUUUGAUUUGCCCGACAAUAUGUGGGGUCUGUCAACAGUUUCGCAGAUACAGGUGCUGCCUAUAGUUGAUCUGGUCAUAACUCACGGCGGCAACAAUACAGUGGCCGAGACCAUGUAUUUUGGUAAACCUAUGAUAGUGUUGCCAAUGUUUUUGGAUCAGUACGACAAUGCCCAGCGACUGGCCGACCAAGGAUUGGGCCUACGAUUGGAUGUCUAUAACUGUACGGAAUGGCAACUAUUGACGGCUAUUGAAAAUGUUUUGAACAAUCGGGAAAUGCAGAGGAAAUUACUGAAAAUAUCGCAACGCAUUCAAACAGAUAAUACUAUUAAAGACAUACCGCUAUUGUUUGAAAAGUCAUAUUAA